CUCUCACUCACUAAACAAACAACUCAUCAGUCUCCUUAAAAGGAAGAAAAUGCGUUUGGUUUUGUUUACUCUUUUGUAACUCCCAAAUAUUCACUAGUCACUCCUCCUGAUUCACGUUCCUCCUAUAAAAACUCUCACUCACACAACACCCAAAGAAACAGAGAGAGAGAGAGAGAGAGAGAGAGAGAGAUGGGAGGUGAGCUUUGUGCAGAAAUGGGAACAGGGUUAUGCACAAAACUAUCAAAGUCAUGGGAAAGAAUGGAGAGAGGAUUAAACCAAGCCGUUUCAAGGAGCAAGAUUGGGAAAUACUUCAAGCUGGAGGAAAGAAAGAGCUGUUUCACUAGAGAACUACGCGCCGCCACCGCCACUUUCCUCACAAUGGCGUACAUAAUCACCGUCAAUGCCACCAUCCUAGCAGACUCCGGCGCCACCUGCUCUCCCGCCGACUGCACGCCGCCGCCGGGCCACCACACGGCGAGCCCAGACUGCGUUUUGAAACCAAAUGCUGGCUACCAAAACUGCCUGUCAAAGGUCAAGAAUGACCUUAUUGUGGCCACUGCAUUGUCCUCAAUGAUUGGGUCAUUUGCCAUGGGUAUUUUGGGUAACUUGCCUUUGGGUUUGGCCCCGGGUAUGGGCCCAAAUGCUUACUUAGCUUAUAACUUGGUGGGCUUUCACGGGUCUGGGCCCAUUUCCUACCAGACUGCCAUGGCAUUGGUCUUGGUUGAAGGCUGUGCUUUUUUCCUGAUAGCUGCUUUUGGGCUUAGGGCAAAGCUGGCCCGGCUCAUACCCAAGCCCGUACGGUUGGCUUGCGCAGCGGGUAUUGGGCUUUUUAUAGCCUUUGUGGGCCUACAAGCCCACCAGGGUGUGGGUCUUGUGGGCCCAGAUUCGGUCACAUUGGUGACCGUAUCGGCUUGCAUUAGUAUAAAUCCGGUGACCGGUGAGUGCACUGGUGGCAAGAUGCAGAGCCCGACGUUCUGGCUCGGGUCAGUCGGCUUCCUGAUUAUGUCUUUUGGGUUAAUGAAGGGGAUUAAGGGUAGCAUGAUAUAUGGCAUCCUCUUUGCGACACUGAUUUCAUGGAUUAGGGGCACAUCUGUCACGUACUUUCCCAACACUCCACUUGGUGACACAAAUUACAACUACUUCAAACAAGUGGUAGAUUUUCAAAAAAUCAAGUCCACUUUAGGGGCUAUUAGCUUCACUCACUUCAACAAAAGUGAGGUUUGGGUGGCUUUGGUAACCUUGUUAUAUGUAGAUGUGCUAGCUACCACAGGCACAUUGUACACUAUGGCAGAACUUGGAGGGUUUGUGGAUGACCAAGGAAAUAUUGAAGGGGAGUACUUAUCCUAUAUGGUCGACGCUGGUGCAACCGUUGUGGGGGCCACCCUCGGGGUUUCCCCUAUAGCAACCUACGUGGAAUCGUCAGCCGGGAUCAGAGAAGGUGGAAGGACAGGAUUAACGGCCAUGAUCGUUGCCGUUUAUUUCUUCUUGUCUUUGUUUUUUGUACCAUUAUUGACUAGUGUACCCCCAUGGGCAAUAGGUCCAUCUUUGGUCAUGGUUGGGGUUAUGAUGAUGAAAGUUGUGAAGGAUAUAGAUUGGAGCAACAUAAAGGAGGCCGUGCCAAGUUUUGUUACCAUGCUUCUCAUGCCACUGACUUAUUCCAUAUCCAACGGAAUCGUCGCAGGAAUCGGGCUAUAUAUCGCACUUGGGUUGUAUGAUUACAUUGCGGGGUGGAUCAAGUGGUUGAUUGAGAUGAGGAGAGUGGUGUCAAAUGAACGAAACCAAAUAUCUGCAGCAGCUGGUACUCCAGAAGUGAUUGAAAUGAUUUGAUCAGUUUAGAGUUAGUAGCUUUUUUCUUUGGAUGAUUGUAGAACCCUUUCCCAAUAUAUAUUUUUCUUUUGUAAGUUUAUUGUUGGUGUGAUGGUAGUAGAUGCACAAGUUACCAUGAGAGGGGACCUAGUAGAAGCAGAGACCUAAAUAUGGCUUGGCCAUAAUGUCACAACUUUUCAAGGCUGCCU